AUGGCAGACAUCGCCCGAACUCCGGUUUACUCAUACAUCUUCCCCGGUCAGGGCACACAGAAAGUAGGCAUGGGCCGUUCGCUUUACGAACGGUCACCUGCCGCUCGCGAAAUAUUCGGCGAGGCGGAUGACAGCCUCGGCAUACAUCUCUCGAAAUUAAUGUUCGAAGGUCCCGCCGAAGACCUGCAGGACACAGCCCAUGCUCAACCAGCCAUCAUGACGGUGUGCAUCGCCAUCUGGAAAGCGUGGCAAGAGUUCCUGGGCCCGCAGGCUCCGGAACCUGCCGCAGUCGCCGGGCACAGCCUCGGCGAAUAUACGUCCAUGGUGGUGGGCGGGGUUUUGGAUUUCCGUGACGGCAUUCGGCUCGUGCGGGAGCGCGGUCGAUUGAUGCAUGAGGCGUCCGAAACACACCCGGGAUCCAUGGCCGCGAUUAUCGGCCUCGACGAAUACGACGUCGCUCAAGUCGCCUUGGAUGCCGGCGUCGAGAUGGCCAACAUCAACUCGGACGACCAGAUAGUGGUGAGCGGAGACAAGAUGGCCCUGGCCAGAGCCAUGGACCUGGCAUCUGCGCGCGGGGCUAAAAAAGUAGUCCCGUUGGCGGUCAGUGGGGCUUUUCACUCGCGCUUGAUGGCUGAGGCACAAGAAGGUUUGAUCGACGCCAUCGACAAUAUUCGAUUGCACGAUCCAAAGUGUCCGGUGAUUGCGAAUUCAACCGGGACGGCGAUCGUCAAUUCGGAACAAGCCCGCCACGAGUUGCUUACCGGGCUAUGCCACUGCGUGAUGUGGAAGCAUUCGGUACGCUACAUGGUCGAUUCUGGGGUCAAUCGUUUCGUCGAGUUUGGACCAGCCCGAGUGCUGUCCAGCCUGAUUCGUCGCAUCGACCCAGACGUUGAGGCUUUGACGUUGUCGGACCCGGACUCAAUUCGCAAGGCGGGUUCUGACGGCUGCUGA